AUGGAUAUUGCUAGCAGCGCCAUCGGACUCUUGAAUUUCGCGAUCGAAUGCUUUAAUCAUAUUCAGCUAGCACGGGAGUUUGAACAAGAAUUCUCGACAUACCAGUUGAAGCUUGACGUCCUCCAGGUCCGUCUAUCACGAUGGGGAGAGGUUCUUAGAAACACCAACCACAGUAACAGCGGAUCCCAAGCUGGAGACAGUCGAACUACCCGACACAAAGAGUCCGACGACGAUGCAGACCCAGCUGCGAAAGCACAUCAUAUACUCAGCGAGAUCCAAGACACUAUUUUGAGCGCUCAACGUCACGCAAGACGGGUAGAGACCCGACUUGGGGCGGCCGACAAGAAGCUACUCGACCCCGAGCUAUACGUCCCGGCUGACCUCAAGAAGAUACGAAUCAGGUUCCGCGAAUGUGUCCGUAGGUGGAAAGCCAAAGCAGGGAAGGUCAUUGAAGCUACUAAGUGGGCGUUCUAUCAGAGGGUUAGCUUUGAAAAGUUUGUCACGGAUAUGUCCUCACUAGUCAGCGAUCUCGAAAACCUCUUCCCCGAAGACGUCCGACAAAAGCUUUCCGAGCUCAGCAAGGAGGAAUGCAACGGCAUUAGCAAGUCAAACCUAGAAGAGCUCAAAGACAUCGUUGAAGAGUGCGACCCAUGGCUAGAAACUGCUGUAGACGAGAUGCUCCAGAGUAGACUCAGCGCGGGCACUUACAUCACUCAAUCACAUAAUACCGGUAUGGUGACGGGGAUACAUCGCGGCGAUAUCAAUGGUGUCAGCAACGGGAACAAUAACAAAACCCGGAACUACUGGGGUAGACAUUGA